GGUGGCGUCCCAGUGUUCAGGGAGCGCGAGGCGGAGAGUGGCGUCCCGCACCUUCCUCAGCAACCAUGUCUACUGAGUCCAAGGCCAAGAAGAUUGACGAUCUCCGGGUGGUGGAUCUGAAAGCUGAGCUAGAGAAGAGAGGACUCGACAAAACAGGGAUCAAGGCAGUGCUUAUAGAUCGGCUGAGGAAGGCCCUAGAAGAUGAUGGACUAAACCCUGAAGAGCAUGAAUUUGAGAACACUUUUCCGAAUACUCCAGCAAAGCCGAAUCGCAAGUCUGGAGAUGAGGAGGAUAUGACAAAUCACAUCAAUGGGGAUUCUGGAAAUGCAAAGGAUGAGGAAGAAGAGGAGGAGGAGGAGGAGGAUGAUCAGGAAGAGACCCAAGAUCAAGAGGAAUCUCAGGAAGUAGCUGAUACGAAGGAAGAAGGCAAGGGUGAGGAGGAGGAAGAGGAGGAGGAAGAGGAGGAGGAAGAAGAGGAGGAGGAGGAGGAGCAAGAGGAAGAACAAGAACAAGAGGAGCAGCAGGAGAGCAAGGAGGAAGAAAAGAAAUCUACAGUGGAAGCCAAAGGUCAGAAGAGUGAAGUAGUUGGACAUGGUGAUGAAGAUGAUGUUCGUCAGAUAGAGGAUGACUCUAUCAAUCUAAUGUUGGAAGAUGAAGAUAAAAUGCUGGAAGAUGAAAUGACUUUCAAUGACUCGGAACGCUUGGACCAGGAUGAUUCAUCAAAUGCAGAUGGUAAAGAGCGAUCACACACCAAGGAGGGCAGAUCCACAACCCACGCCAGCGCAGACUCCACCACGGGGAAGAAGGACAUCUCCGACAACGAUUCACAGGAUAAGAAAGAAUGCGAUAAGCCCAAGAGCUCCGGGGAAGAAAAGGGGAAAGAUGACAAGCCCAAGGAUGACAAAGACCACAAGAACAAGAGCAGUGGAAGCAGUGGCAGUGGCAGAAACUUGUGGGUCAGUGGGUUGGCGUCAUCAACUCGUGCUCAGGAUCUGAAGUCCGUUUUCUCCAAGUAUGGCAAGGUUAUGAGUGCAAAAAUUGUGACUAAUGCCAAGACUCCCGGAGCAAAGUGUUACGGCUUCGUUACCAUGAUGAGUAGUGACGAUGCUGCUAAAUGCAUUUCUCAGCUCAACCAUACAGAACUUCAUGGUCGAAUGAUCCAGGUGGAAAAGGCUAAAGGAGAACCUGGCGGUCCAACGAGAAACAAAGCUUCGUCUUCCAACCGCAAACCGUCAGACUCGAAGAAGGACUCGAGUAGUGAGAAGAAGAAAGAAGGGGACAAGAAGGAUGGUGACAAAAAAGAUGUAAAUGGGGACAAGAAGGAAGGUCUUGAUGAUAAGACUGGUAAAGAUGGGGAAAAGAAAGAUGAUAGGCGGUCACAUUCCAAGGAUGCAAGUAGAAGUAGUAAAGAUCGUGAGCGUAGGGGACCGAGAAACAACAGGCCAUUUGAUAGGCGGCAGGAUCAACACAAUUUUAAGGGACACCAGCGUGGAGGAAGAAAUGAGGUACUUAGUUUAAAACAGAUCAUGGAGGAGCGAGAACGCCAGCGCUUGCGUGCACGGGAAAGAGUAAUGCGAGAAGAGGAACGAAGGAGAAGAGAGGAUGAAGCAAGGCAACGCAACAUUGAGAGACGCCAGCGGGAAGAGGCAGAAAGACUCCAGAGGGAGAGGGAAAAGUUGCGCAUGGAACGUGAAAAAAUAGAAAGACAAAAGCAUGAAUUGCUGAGGUUGGAAAGAGAACAUCAGAGGCUGGAAAGAGAAAAGCUAGAGAGGGAGAGAGAAGAACUUCGACGUCAGCAAAUGAGUAGACUCCGGUACGAGGAAACAAGACGGAGCAUCAAGCGUCCAGCGGAAGAUCGUGAAAGAAGAGAGUUCUUUGAGGAUCGUAAAAGACCUGCUCCAGAUAAUCGCUCACGUUUUGAUGAUGCUCCAGCACCUCAGAGACGCAGAUACAAUGAAGAUCGGAGCUAUGACAGAGGAAAUGAACCUGCACGUUUUGAGCGGGGUGGUCAUGGUAACCAUGGCAGUCACACUAGUCAUGGUAGUCAUGGUGGUGGUGGGGGUCGUGAAGAUCUACGUGGGCCAGCUGGUGUUGGUGGUGGUGCUAAUCGUUAUGAGGACAGAAGAGAUAUUAGGGAACGAGAAGACAGACGUCCAGUUGAUAGAUCUGGCCCUCGUGAUGAUCGUGAUCAUAGAGGACCUCUACCCCCUCAGGCCUCACGAGACAGACCGAGGGAAAGGUACAGUGGUAGUGGUCUGGGCGGCAGCGGCGGUGAUGCAUGGAGGACUGGCGGGGGGAUGAACGAUAGUAAGGGCAGCUAUGGGAGCAGCUCGGCGAUGAUGGGGGGCAAUAUGGGCACCUCGGGGCUCUCUGUACGUGGGGGGGACUCGCAGGGCUGGAGAACGUCAAGUGGAAUGAACAACAGUGAUAGGUGGGGUGGUGGCAGUGGUCCCAAUAUGGGUGGACGUGGCAGUGGUGGAAAUAUGGGAGGCAUGGGUAUGUCUGAUAUUCUACGUUCGGAGCUUAAUCAUGUUAACCAGCCUGGCAUGAGCUCGAUGUCUAUGCCAAUGAUGUCACAGAACGAAAGAUUUCCCAUGUCUAAUUUUCGUAAAUACCAGUAAUUCUAGUAAGAGACAAAACUAAGUGUUGUAUUUGGCAAAUACAUAGAUUAAGAUUUUUACCCACUUGACAUGCUGUUUUUUUUAUAUAUAUAUAUGUAUAUUAAAUUUGUCAUUGGCCUUCUACAUCUCUUGGAUGUUAAGCACACUUUUUCCUUGAAGUCAUUUCAUUAGAAUGUCUAAUGAAAAUAAACAAUUAAAAGAUAAUACGCAACACAAGUGUGGGCAUUAUGACUUUUCAGUGUACGUGAUGAUAUAAUUUAUUCAUCGAAAUUGUGUUCUGAUAUGCACACCGGUUUUGUCAUUUAUCAUUCAACUUUCAGUAUCAUUAGUCUUGUCAUAUACCUGUAAGAUGCUGCUAGUUUUGCUGCAUAGGAACCUUGUUUAACAACUUGCAUUUUUUGUUUUACCAUUCAAAUUCAUGUGUAAGGGAUAAUGACAUGCACAGCUGCUUAAGUCACAAGUGGCUUCCUGGUCAGAACAAACUCACUUUCCUCUGACUGUAUAUGUGAUGAGUGAUGUGUAAGUUGUAUGGAGUUUAAUCACCUAUAUCUUUAAGUAGUUCUGGCUUUUAAUUGAGGUACACCAGUAUUUUUUCAUUAAACAUUCCCCAUGUUUGUCUGUACCUGAAUAAAAUGUAUAAUUGAAA